GAAGUUGAAAUUUCAGAGGAAUUUAAUCUAAUUAUGGAUCUGGUUUUUGUUCCCCUCGUAUUAGAAAGCCAAUGGAGUGACACAUAGACGAGUCGGUUUUUGUGUUCGCGUUUGGUAGAGAGAGAGAAUAGAGAGAGAGAGAGGCAGCAUUCAAUUAGGUCUAUUAAACAGUCAAGUGGUUGUUUUUGGAUGAUUUUAGACAGAGAGAGAUGCUUAUCUAUCUGAUCUGUAAUGGAUAAUCCAAAUCCUCCUUUUCCAUCAACAUUCAGAACAAUACAAAGUCAAGAGAUGCCAUUACGCAACACAAGCACAGAGUCUCACAUUGAUACACAAACUUUUCGUCUUCUUUUGGCUUUGCCUUUUUGUAGUUGUUGAGACUCUUUCAAAGCAAUUGGUUGGUAAUGGCGUGCGAUAUAUAUGACUGGCCUGUUUUGCGUAAUUGCAAUCUAUAUCCACAUCUGACGAAAAGUGCAUUUGCUUUAAUCUAUUGAGUACUGAGAAUGCUUUUUUGUCUUUAAAGCUUGGAGGGACCGUUUUGGUCAUUGUAGGCGAGAGAAGGUGAACAGAGACAGAGAGAGAAAGAGUUGGUGAGAGUCUGAGAGAUGGGUUCGUCUGGAAUGCUAGCUAAGAGGGCUUUACUCACUAAUACACCCGUCAUGGUUCAGAUACAGGAGCUGAUCCGAGGUGCUAAAGAUGCAAUGUCUCUUGCUCAGGGGGUAGUGUAUUGGAAGCCACCCAAACAGGCACUGGAAAGGGUAAAAGAACUUGUUUGGGAGCCUUCAAUUAGUCGAUAUGGUGCUGAUGAAGGUCUUCCUGAGCUCAGGCAGGCAUUGAUUGAAAAGUUGCAUCAAGAAAAUAAGUUAUUCAAAUCUUCAGUGAUGGUUACUGCUGGUGCAAAUCAGGCAUUUGUGAAUAUUGUUCUUGCAUUGUGUGAUGUAGAGGAUUCUGUGGUUAUGUUUGCACCAUACUACUUCAAUUCUUAUAUGGCAUUCCAGAUGACUGGCGUAACUAACAUUCUGGUGGGUCCCUGUAAUCAGAAAACUCUCCAUCCUGAUGCAGAUUGGUUAGAAAAGACUUUACUGGAAACUAAACCAACCCCAAAACUUGUUUCCGUUGUUAAUCCUGGCAAUCCAUCUGGAACUUACAUUCCUGAGCCUCUUCUCAAGAGGAUUUCAGAUCUCUGCAGAGAUGCUGGAUGCUGGCUUGUUGUAGAUAAUACAUACGAGUACUUUAUGUAUGAUGGUCUGAAACACUCCUGUCUCGAGGGCAACCACAUAGUCAACAUCUUUUCCUUCUCUAAAGCAUAUGGGAUGAUGGGAUGGCGAGUUGGAUAUAUAGCAUAUCCUUCAGACGUGGAGGGCAUUGGAGCUCAGCUCCUCAAAAUCCAAGAUAAUGUUCCGAUUUGUGCUGCUGUAAUCUCACAGCGCCUGGCUCUACACUCCUUAGAAGUGGGACCUGAGUGGGUGACGGAACAGGUGAAAGACCUCGUCAAGAACAGAGCUCUUGUUCUAGAAGCAUUAUCACCCCUGGGAGAGGAUGCCGUUAAAGGAGGAGAAGGUGCAAUUUACCUAUGGGCAAAACUUCCAGAUAAUUACCUGGACGACUUUGAAGUAGUUCGUUGGCUUGCUAAGAGGCAUGGGGUGGUUGUGAUCCCAGGAAGUGCAAGCGGCUGUCCAGGGUAUGUAAGAAUCUCAUAUGGAGGGCUAAUAGAGGAUGAAUGUCGAAUUGCUGCAGGGAGGCUGAGAAGAGGGUUAGAAGAACUGGUGAGAGACGGAAUGGUACAGUGACUGCCCUUAAGCAACUAAUGCAAAUCCAUAGCCAGUGCGUUUCUGUUCUUAAUAAUUGGGGGGUUUUCAGGUUCUGUGUAAUUCAUCUGAAACAUUAAUGCCAUUCCAUUACCAAUAAAGUUUGCAUGAGAAAUCAUUUAUGAAGAAGUAUGACCAUUGUGAUGAA